GGAGGCGGAUCGAACUAUUCCACCUGCGCUGAGGGGAGAUAACACAUUCUUAUGCAGGUCGCCAAGUCCUUUCAUUCAUUGCGUGAUAAUAUUUUUUAAUUCGCGUUUUCCGUUUUGUUUUUAAAUCUGAGAGUUUUUAGAGUGGUCUCUGAGUGAGUAGAUAUGCAGAAGGGAGUGAAGAUGAAGAUGACAUCUGAUCAGACCACAGAGGAUUUUAUUCCAGGGGACAUAGUGUUUGCUAAAAUGAAGGGUUAUCCUUUCUGGCCUGCCAGGAUCGGUGAAGGAAAAUGCCCCCAAAAUAAGAUCCCCAUCUUCUUUUAUGGAACACACUCCACAACGUUCCUCUUGCCCAAAGACAUCGCCUCCUACUGGCCAAACAAAGAGAAGUACGGCCGGCCAAUCAAACGCGGCGGCUUCGAGGAGGGCAUGUGGGAGAUCGAGAACGACCCGGGUGUGGGCCUCAGAGGUCAAAAGAAAGCAGCGCUGGUGAAGCGACUGUCAGAGAGUCGACCGAAACUGAAAGACAGGACGAAGAAGAAGAAAGCAGAAAAUCAGAGCGAAGCCAAGAACCAGACCGCAUCCCGUAAGGAGUCGGCAGCGGCGCCUCGUAAGAAAGAAACUCCUGUGAAAACCAGCAAAACAAAGUCUGAAUCCGUCGCACCGGCAGACGCUAAAACAACCGUGACGAGAUCAACGCGCUCCAGAGAUUCGGUGACAAAGACCGUCACGCCAGACGAGAGACGGACGGAUAAAGUCACGCCAGACGAGAGACGGACGGAUAAAGUCACGCCAGACGAGAGACGGACGGAUAAAGUCACGCCAGACGAGCGACGGAAGGAUAAAGUCACGCCAGACGAGAGACGGACGGAUAAAGUCACGCCAGACGAGAGACGGACGGAUAAAGUCACGCCAGCGAAGAGAGUGACGACAGUGAAGACGGUCGCUGAACGAAGGAGGAUUUUACCAUCCAGAAAGAUCAUUUUAGCAGCGAAGACGCUUUCUGCUCGCAGGAAACACGCACUGAACAGAAAGAUAAUUUCAACCGCCAAGAAACGGAUAGACGCUCAUAAUCUCAAACAGCCCUUGAGGAUCACGCGCUCCACUGCAGAUCUGACCCAGACCUCAAACCAAAUCACUGCCACGCCGGCGAAGCCACCCGCUCUGAAACGAAAACGCUCUCAAACUGAAUCUGAUGUGAAGGAAGACGCUCAUGUUCCUCUUCCUGUGACGAACAGCUCCGCCCCCUCCCCCCCAGCAGAUUCAAAGAGGAAACGGCUCACAGAGGAGCAGACUCCUGCACCAGAAGAAAUGGAGAAGAGCGAGGUCAAGAAGAUAAACGCACAAGACAAGCCUGAACAGACAGAGACGGUGAAUAAACCCAAGCAGACGAAGAGCGACGUUCUGAUUGUCUCUGAAAAGCAGAAUGAGACAAAAGAGGAGAAGAAAGCGAUAGAUGAAGAGGUGAGAGCGGACGAGAGCGCUUUGGAGAUACGGAGGAGCAGCAGCGGUCUGACGUCUGUCUGUGUCUCUCAGAGGAGCAAGAUCCUGGCCGAGAAGAGGCAGAGCGUGCUGAAGUCGCUGCAGGGAUUGGUGACGUCUACAAGAGGAAAGACACAGACCGGCGCCGAACAGACGACGCACUGCGAGGAGCCGCAGAAAUGGCCCGAGAGGAGCCGCGGGGCCCGGAGCCCCGUCAAACCCACGGCCGAGGAGGAGGAGAAAGAUCCGGAGCAGAACGGAGAGCGUGACAGCAGGAACACAGAACAGCAGAACAACAGCAGCAGCAGAGAGGAAGUGCGCAAAGCUCACUCUCUGUCCGUCACAGACUCUUUGCUCUACCGGCUGCAUGGUGACAUCAGAAUCUCAAUGACGCUCGAAAAUCCAGAUGUCAGUAAGUGUUUAUUAGCUCUGGAUGAGUUGAGCACCGUCCCGGUCUCGUCUCGAAACAUUCAGAACCACAGUGAGCUCAUCGACACGCUCAGAAAGAUGCGAUGGUUUCGUGGCAGCGAGGCGAUCAUGUUUAAAGCAUCCAUGUUGUAUCAUCGCUUUAAAAACAUCUACCUCAUCGGAGACACCGAUGAGACUCUGAGUCAGGAGUACAUCGACUCGCUGCAGGAGGAGAGAGAGAUGGACACCGGAGCAGCUGUCAGUCGGACGAGCGUCUGCGAAGAGACCCGAGGUACGAAACAAGCGCCUCGAACCACUGAACACGUGCCUCACAGUGCGGACAGGAGCUGACGCGAGGAAACCGCCGCCGUUUUUAUCCUUGUUGUGUUGUUCUGUUAUUCUGAAAUCAGGCUUUUUAUCUGCUGUUGGAGGGAGUUUUAUCCUGUGGCCGUUGCAGUUAUUUAUUGACGCUGAUAAGGUUCCCUGCAGGAUCUCAACACUAGGUUUUCCUGUCAUAGAUGAAUCCCAGUGCCAUGAUGUCAGUGUUUUUGCUCUCUUUUAAUACUUCAGACGGGUGUCAUUCUGCAGAAGACAAGAGAAAGACUAAUAACGGUCAGAAGCGGCGAUGUUUCUCCUGUCAGUCCAUCAUCAAACACGCUUUGAUUUCUGAUCAGAUUCAUGCCUUUCCUUUUAUCACAGAGCUUUAAAUCACAUCAGACUUCAGCUGUGUGUUUUACAGACGCACCACAGUCACAGUCUGAACUAUUCGAGGGAAGUUUGCCUAAAUAUAGUCUGAAAAUGCAGCAGAUUUAGACGCCUAGAUGCCUCCCAGACCCAUGUUUGUUCUCUGCUGUGUUUGUAAGAUGCGACACAAUCAAGUACAUUAAACCCCAGCAUUAAAAUGUUAAAUGGUGUGUUUUUUUAUACACAGGGCAGCUACAUUAUAGUCAUACAGUAACACUCUUUGACACUAUAUCUGAUCUGAAUCCGGUGCUAAUACGACAGACGCUGUCUUUAAUGAAUGCAUUAGCCGUAACACGUUCUAGCUCAGACGCCCCUAGGUUUGUGUUAUUAAGCACUUGCAUGUGCGUCCUGUGUGGAUAUUACAGUGAAUAUGCAUUAAACUCAUCUUCAGUACUC